GUAACCGCCGUCCGCCAAGCCGCGCCGCCAGCCGCCUUCAGUGCUUCAGUUCAUUUGUCUCGUGUGUUUUGUCAGUUAUGUAUACUUUUGCGUCUGCGUUCGUAUUUUAAUUGAAUUAUUUGCGUGAUUUUGCAAUAUUUUUUCGGUUUUUUCGGUUAUAAAGUGUCAUUUUAUCGUUCGUCAGUACUUUCAUUCGUGAGGAUACUUAAUUUUCACAAAAAUGUCGAUUUUGCAAGUGUACGAAGAAAUACUCACCGAAUAUAAUGAAAUGAUGCAACGUAUUCGGCGAAACGAAGAAAUAUCUGUCAAUUUGGCAUAUGAGAUACAAAAAGAGUUGCUUCGAAUGAGCGAAAUUUCUGGCCAAGAUAAUAGUUUAAAGGACGUGUACAAGAGUAUCCAAAGUAAAGAAGAAAUCAUGAAGAAGUUUUCUAACGAAAAUUUCGAUUCACCGAACAUCCCUGUAUCAUCUCACUCGUUGAAAGAAACCAUCCAGUCUGCUUCGAAUUUACUCGAAAAAGUAUCAGCCGAGUUCCAAGAACUUACUUCGAUUGAUAACGAAACUAAGGAUCGAGACACCGAGAAUAAUGAGUAGUUGAAAUCCGUAUAACUAGCGUGUAAUUUCUUAGAGUUGAAAUUAACUAGGUAAUCAACUGUAAAUUCUAUUCGCAUUAUUAUUGAAUUAUUAUCAUUUAUUCAAGCCUACGAGGUAUUUUUCAUCAUUUUUUGAGCUAACUAUGUAGCUAAUUAAUUAUAUCAAUUCAGUACAUUGUAUAAACAUCAAUUCAAAA